CCUUUCAAAAAAGUAAAUCAUUUUCUUUUUGGAACAUAUUAAAACUGCUUACAUUUAUAAUGAAAUUGGCAAUUUUUGUACUAUCGAUUUUCGCUUUAGCUUGUGCUGUUUUGGGUGAAGAGACAGUCCCAAAACCUCAUCCAGAACCAACACCAGAAUCAACAUCAAAACCAACACCAAAACCAACAUUAAAACCAACAUCAAAACCAACAGCAAAACCAACGCAGCCUGACCAGUCAUACAGUGAACUCGCAGAUGAGAGUAUUAAACAGUUACAGAAGCUUGUCGAUUAUUUAGAAAAAAACAAGGAUAUUAGCUGCAGAUUUGGUAAACUAGUGACAGCAAAACAUCUGAUAUGGAAAUUAAAAAAGUUUUCUUGAAAAUGGAAAAAUAUUAUUUCCUUAAUUUAAUUGGGCACUGAUUUAUAGGAAUAUGGUAAUCUCUAAUUUGCAAUUUAUUAACACUACUAAAAAAUGGUCAGUAUUAGAAUAAAAUGGUUUUAAACUAUUACUUACAUUCAUUUUAUUUAAACAAUUAAGACAGUUAGGUCACCCAACAAUAUUUUAACCGCUAUUGAUGAAAAUGGGUCAGCGUGUAGAAAAACAUAUUUAUAUUAUAUUUUUUAAUUUUAUGAAAAAUAUUUUUCUUAACGAAACAUAACGAAAAGGCGUCUGCCUUCUUAUAUAAUAUAUAUACCAACACACGAGGGACUUAUGAAAGAAACGGGAAUUUUAUCUUUUUUUCCACGUUUAUACUUACUCAGAAUUAUCGUCAGAGGUAUUGUUAUUAUCUGAAGAGUGUAAUCUCUAUUAUCUGUGAACAUCUAAUGAGACUGAAAAUCAUUUAUACUUUCCUGACACAUUCUCUUCAUUUUUAUAUUAUUUUCUUCACA